AAACCCUCCCUCGGAUUGGUGCAAACCCUCAAGGUUGAGCGUUGUACCGCGUCUGGGCGCGAAAGCUCGAACUUCGCUGCCGAGCUGGAGACGGCGGGAGCUGUCGCCGUCAAGUUGAGGUUACUGCAGACACGUUCUCCUGGAGCUGUGCGGAAGGGAGGCCGGAAUCAUGACCGGCGAGGUGGGUUCUGAGGUUAACCUGGAAGUCAACGAUCUAAAACUUCUUUCACAAGAAGCAGCAGACAGUCCUGUAGACAGUGGACAGGGCAGCUUUGAAACACUCGAGCCCUUGAGUGAAAGAGAUUCUGAUGAAGAGAUUUUUGUGAGCAAGAAACCUAAGAGCAGGAAAGUGUUACAAGACAGCGAUUCUGAGGCUGAGGACAGAGACGAUGCUCCGGAGAAACCCACCUACGACGACAGCGCAGAGGACACUCAGGAGAACUUACAUUCAGGGAAGAGUCAGAGCAGAAGCUUUCCCAAAGCCCUGGCUGACAGUGAUGAGAGUGACAUGGAGGAAACUCCGAGUCAGGAGAGUCCUGAGACUCAAGAGGCUCCUUCCUUGGAGCCAGGCCACCAGACAGGACACUCUGUGGACUUCACCACCGGCAGAAAGCUCUCCAAAACACUCCUCAGAGAAGGAGCUGAGGGAAAAGCAAAAUCCAAGAGACGGCUGGAGAAAGAGGAGAGAACAAUGGAGAAAAUCAGGAGACUAAAAAAGAAGGAAACAAGAUGUGAGGAAAGUGAUGCAGACCGGCCGCUUAAUGACAGUGGCUGUCUCCUUGAAGAUAGUGAUCUUUUUGAGACAGGUUUGGAGGAAGAAAAUGACUCUGCACUGGAGGAUGAAGAGUCGUUAGAGUCAAUAAGGGCGGCUGUAAAAAACAAGGUGAAAAAUCGCAAGAAAAAGGAACCAACUCUGGAGAGUGAGGCUUUUUCAUUAGAAGACGGAAAUGAGUUAUCCAAAGGCAGUGCGAGGAAGGAAAGAAAGGCAGCGAGGCUAAGUAAGGAAGCAUUAAAAAAACUGCAUAGUGAGACCCAGCGUCUGGUCCGAGAAUCUGCACUUAAUCUUCCAUAUCAUAUGCCUGAGAGUAAAACUAUUCACGAUUUCUUCAAACGUAAGCCCCGGCCCACGUGCCAGGGCAGUGCCAUGGCCCUGCUGAAGUCAUGUAAGUAUCAGUCGGGCCAUUACAAGGAAACCGUAAACCCUGCAGAUGCAGCUGGAAUGGGUGCUGAGGACUCCAGCAGAGGUUCUGAGCAGAGGACAGGGGCUGGAAUUGCAGCGGAAACUAAUGUUCUCUCUGAGGUCUCAGAAGAAGCCGGGAUCACUGCUGGAUCAGAUGAGGCUUGUGGGAAGGAUCCGGUAAGACGAGGAGAGCUGGAAAUUGAGGAGACUGAGAAGCACAGUGAUGACAGACCUUAUUCUCCUGGGGACAGAUCCAUGUCACAGCAGGAAUCCUCCAUCCCCAGGAUCGAAGACAAUGAGGGGCAUCAGGCUGGAGACCUCACCGAAUCUGACCCUCCUGCCCUGGAGGGAGAAGAACUGAAAACAGUAGAAAAAACAGACGCAAAAGAGGGAAUGCCUGAACAGAAAACCCAGUCUGCAGCAGCAGCGGCAGUGGCAGUAGUGACGGCGGCGGCGGCGCCACCUGAAAAGGUGAGACGAUUCACCGUGGACCGACUUAGACAGCUGGGAGUGGAUGUUUCCAGUCAACCUCGGCUGGGCGCUGAUGAAGAUUCCUUUGUGAUACUUGAUGAACCUAAAACCAACAGAGAAUUGGAAGCCUUGAAGCAACGUUUCUGGAGGCACGCUAACCCAGCAGCCAGUCCCAGGGCUUGUCAGACGGUGAACGUGAACAUCAUCGUGAAGGACUUGGGCACUAACGGGAAGGAGGAGCUGAAGGCAGAAGUGGUACCCGUCACUUUGGCAGCAGAGAAGCUGGAGGGAGCAAGCCACGCAAAGCCAGGUGAAAAACUGCAGAUGUUGAAAGCUAAGUUGCAGGAGGCAAUGAAACUCCGAAGGCUUGAGGAGCGGCAGAAGCGCCAAGCAUUAUUUAAAUUAGAUAAUGAAGAUGGAUUUGAAGAGGAGGAGGAAGAGGAAGAAAUGACAGAUGAGUCUGAGGAAGAUGGAGAAGAGGAGACUACAGAAUAUCUUCUUGGUAGUGAAGAUACAGAAACCAAAGAUGAAAAAGAAACAGAUAAAGAAAAUACAGACACCAGUAGUGACAUUGGCAAGUCUGUUGCCCUCUGUGUCCCCAAGCCUCUCUCUUCAGACUCCACCUUACUUCUGUUUAAGGACAGCUCUUCUAAGAUGGGUUACUUUCCUACUGAAGAAAAGUCAGAAACAGAUGAAUACUUGGCCAAGCAGUCUGACAAACUGGAUGAGGAUGACUCGAGUUCACUGCUAACAAAGGAGAGCAGUCACAAUAGCAGCUUUGAGCUGAUUGGUUCCACAAUUCCAUCCUAUCAGCCUUGCAACAGACAGAUAGGCCGUGGGGCAAGUUUUCUCCCUACAGCAGGAUUCAGAUCGCCGUCCCCUGGGCUGUUCCGAGGGAGUUUGAUCAGCUCGGCUUCUAAGAGUUCAGGAAAACUGUCUGAGCCUUCACUUCCCGUAGAGGAUUCCCAGGAUCUGUACACCGCCUCCCCAGAGCCUAAGACACUUUUCCUAGGAGCAGGAGACUUCCAGUUCUGUUUGGAAGAUGACACUCAGAGCCAACUGUUGGAUGCAGAUGGAUUUUUAAACAUUAGAAAUCACCGCCAUCGAUAUCAGGCUGUGAAGCCCCAGUUGCCACUGGCCAGCAUGGACGAGAAUGCCAUGGACGCCAACAUGGACGAGCUGCUGGAUUUGUGCACUGGACAGUUUACAUCUCAGCCUGAGGAGAAAUGUCAACCAAGGAAGAAUGACAAAAAAGAAAACAUGGAGGAACUUUUGAAUCUCUGCUCGGGCAAAUUUCCUACUCAAGAUGCCUCCCCGGUGGCCCCACUGGGGCUGAGGAGUCAGGAGAAGGAGAGCAGCACAGAAGAUCCGAUGGAAGAGGCACUUGCUCUUUGCUCCGGCUCUUUCCCAACAGACAGGGAGGAAGAGGGUGAAGAGGAGGAAUUUGGAGACUUCCAGCUUGUUUCAAAGGAGAAUGGAUUUGCUAGUGACGAGGAUGAACACAGUGACUCCAAUGAUGAAGAGCUGGCCCUGGACCUGGAGGAUGAUGAAGAAGAGCUCCUGAAGCAGUCUGAGAAGAUGAAGCGCCAAAUGAGACUGAAGAAAUACUUGGAAGAUGAGGCAGAGGUGUCAGGCAGUGACGUGGGAAGUGAGGACGAGUACGAUGGGGAGGAGAUUGAUGAAUACGAAGAGGACGUCAUUGAUGAGGUGCUUCCGUCUGAUGAGGAGCUGGAGAGUCAGAUCAAGAAGAUACACAUGAAAACCAUGUUGGAUGAUGAUAAGCGGCGACUACGGUUAUAUCAAGAGAGGUACCUUGCUGAUGGGGAUCUACACAGCGACGGGCCUGGACGAACAAGAAAAUUCCGAUGGAAACACAUAGAUGAUACCUCCCAGAUGGAUCUAUUUCACAGAGACUCCGAUGACGAUCAGGUUGAAGAACAGCUUGACGAGACCGAAGCCAAGUGGAGGAAGGAACGGAUUGAGCGAGAGCAGUGGCUUCGGGAACAGGCUCAACAGGGGAAAAUUGCUGCUGACGAAGAGGACAUUGGGGACGACAGUCAGUUUAUGAUGCUAGCCAAGAAAGUCACAGCCAAAGCACUGCAGAAGAAUGCCAGUCAUACUGUGGUUGUUCAGGAAUCAAAGUCUGUGCUCAGAAACCCUUUUGAAACCAUCAGACCAGGAGGUGCUCACCAGCUGAAGACAGGCUCCCUGCUAAACCAGCCCAAAGCUGUGCUCCAAAAACUUGCUGCCCUGUCUGACCUCAACCCCAGCGCUCCCCGAAACUCAAGGAACUUUGUCUUUCAUACACUUUCUCCCACCAAGGCAGAGGCAGCAAAGGACUCAUCUAAGCCUCAGGUCAGAAGAAGGGGACUGUCGUCAAUGAUGUCACCGUCUCCUAAGCGGCUAAAGACAAACGGAAGCAGUCCAGGGCCAAAGCGAAGCAUCUUCAGAUACUUGGAAAGCUAACGCCAUCCAGGAUGCCAGUGUCUGUGGAAAGUACUCAGAGUAGGUCUGGCGGGGAGGGUGGGACUGCUGUUUCCGCCGAUGACCUCCCCUUCCCUCAGAAUCAACUCGUAAUGAGCCGAGCUUCCCUUCUCCCCACACAGCUCUCAGCAGCACUCUUCUCUCCUAGUGUUAUUUUUCAGUUUGGCCACCAAUCUCAGCACAACAGAGUGCCCAGCAUCGACUUACAGAAUAAUUGAAGUCUCACUUCUUCCGUUAAGCACUUGACAUUUUUUCCUAGCAGUUUCCUGGGUUGACACCACUUUCAAGUCAAGGUGUUCAGAGGAAGAAGAAAGUGUGGCAUUAUAGAAAAUUGCAGAAAGCACUGAAAGCCAGCCUGGGAUGAGGCUCCCACAGCCACACGGCCCUUAACACAGUACCAGGCCGAGAAGCACGCACCCAGCUGUUGCAUCGUCCUGUUCCUUCUGUGUCAUGUAAACUUCUAGUCUUGAUCUCUGAUUAACCUUCAUCGCCUUUGACAUAAGGACUCAAGCUGGUACCUAGUUGAGAAAGAGGUUAUCCCUCCCUUUCUGCACCUUCCCCAGGACUAGAGUUUCAACUUAAAGCAUUUGUUCCAGAGCCUCCCUCCCUUCUGCAGAAACCUGACCACUAUUUAUUGCUGCUUUGGGGCCGAGUUUCUUGCCCUGACCAUCAGAGGACAUUUUAAUAUUUCAUCACUAAUAUUGAGAGCAGACCAGUAGAAUUUAAUAAAAACGUUGAAGAGAACUGCUAUUAGUCGCUUUCUUUGGCUUUCAGAAACAUAGGCCAGUUCUCUUCUAUCAGAGCAGAAUUCAGUGCUGCUUUGCAAAAACCAUGGCAGGUGAACGUUGGCUUCAGUGUCGAAAGCUGAGCGUGAGAAGUUGGAUGAGGUUGUGUCCGUCCUUUAUUGAGAGACAUAAAGCAGCCUGUUCGACUGAUGAGAUUAAGAUGUAGGUUUUCUGUUAGGUGCUGGGGCUUUUGGUUUGGGUUUUUCUAAUACUCAGGAUGCUGACUUGGACAGAACAUACAUUUGUAUAUUUGUAAUCUUGUAAUGGGAGAAAUGUGUACAAAGCUGUUUUAAUAUGUAUGUAGGUUUUCAAUAAAUCUCAUUGCCUUGUGGGCAGGAUUUGCUGUCCA